UUACAAAGCAUAUCCAGCCUUCACUCUAUUAUAACUAACCCAAUUAUAUUCUCACAAAUUCAAUUGCAAAAAUCUCCAUCACUAUCACUAUCACCAACACCACCAUAUUUGUUGCCUUUGCCACCACAAUUACAACUGUCACAAGCCUCCGUUUAUCGCACCAAUGAAAGAUCGAAUGGAACGUUUUAUUGCGUUUCCCUUUGCUACAGGUUGUGUUUCCGCCUCUAGCGUGGUAGUUUCUGGAAACAAUGAUAAAAGAUCGAAGGAAGAUAUUGACUCACCUCACAUGGUGUGCAGAUCGUAUAGCCUCCCCAAGGAUUCAAAAUUCAAUGAAAGAGCCCCCAUGAUAAAUGAAAGCAUGACAAAGAGUACGUUUCGGUUCACGGCACUUCCAAAGCCUAACGUAUCCGUUGCAUUCCACCGGCUCACUAAGAGCAUCAAAAGUUUAUCUCAAUCACUUGCGUUCAAGGAGGAGACAGCUGAAUCGAAAAUGGAGAUGGAAAUUGGGCUUCCGACCGAUGUAAAACAUGUAGCACAUGUUGGAUUCGAUGGAUCCGUAACCUCAGAACUCAACCGCCCUCGCAAUCUCAACACCACAGAUUUUCUUGGGUUUUGCCCGGUUUCCUUUGCACAACUUGAGGGACGACUUGCCAUGUGUGCACCAUUGGAUGCAUCUCAUGACACCAAACAUACACCACCUAUUGCAAAACGAGCUAGAAACAAAACCGAAGCAAGUACCAUGUAAAUUCUUACCAUUACAUCAAAUUGUACAAGUAAUACUUUUGUUCACUUGAGUAUGUAUGUAUUAAAUGUCCUAUAGUUAUUAUUUUUGUCGUGUUGGAAAAUA